AUGACUCUCCAAACACUUAGAGAAAAACAGUUGUAUGAGAAAUUCAAAAAGUAUGAAUUUUGGCUUGAUGAAAUUGUAUUUUUGGGACACAUCAUUAAUAAGGAUGGUAUAUUUGUUGAUCCUCAUAAAAUAAAAGCAAUUAUUAAUUGGCCUACCCCAACUAAUGUACCAGAAGUUCACAAUUUUAUGGGAUUGGUAGGUUAUUAUCAGAGAUUUGUUAGAGACUUCUCGAAAAUUGUUGUACCAUUAACUCAAUUGACUCGAAAAAGGGAACCAUUUGAAUGGAUGGAUCAGAGAGAAUCGGUCUUUCAAGAGUUGAAGACAAGAUUGACCAUAGCUCCAAUCCUUACUAUUCCCUCAGGUACCGAAGGUUUUGUAAUUUUUAGUGAUGCAUCUUAUAUGGGCUUGGGUUGUGUCUUAAUGCAGAAUGGCAAGGUGAUUGCAUAUGCCUCUCGACAAUUGAGACCACACGAGAAGAAUUACCCUACCCACGAUCUAGAACUAGCUACAGUUGUGUUCGCAUUAAAGAUAUGGCAUCACUACUUGUAUGAGGCCAAGUGUGAAGUGUACAUAAAUCAUAAGAGCUUGAAGUACUUUUUCAUCCAAAAGGAAUUGAGUAUGUGA